AUGGACGCUAGGCUCAGAAGAGUAAACAAAGAGAUAUCUGAUUGCAAGAAUGACAAAACUUCUCAGAUCAAGAUUGAACUGUUUGACGAAUCUCCUUUUCACCUGAAGGGAUCUUUUCCAGGACCGGAAGGGACUCCAUACGAAGGUGGUCUUUUUGAAGUCGAUAUUGUCAUCCCCGAUUCGUAUCCGUUCCAACCUGUGAAGAUGAAAUUCAUCACUAAGGUCUAUCACCCCAAUGUAUCCUCAGCUUCUGGCGCGAUCUGUCUUGAUAUCCUCAAGGAUGCCUGGUCGCCAGUUUUGACACUCAAAUCAACUUUAAUCUCUCUGCAAAGUCUGCUGUGCUCUCCUGAGCCCAAUGAUCCUCAAGAUGCUGAAGUGGCGAAACAUUAUAUGACAAGCAAGAGUAGCUUCGAAGAAACUGCAACAUACUGGACUCAGAUCUAUGCUGGAGGUCCAGGGCCGAAGGAAAAGAAAGGGAAAGGGGUCGGUGGUAAGGGGGUUCAAGACGAAGUUGCGAUCGCAGGGCUUGAGAGAGCACAUGUCGACCGGUUUGAAACUCUUGGAUUCGAAAGAAGCAAAGUGAUCGACGCUCUAAGGCGCCUAAACUACCGCGGGCCAAAUAUUGCACAAAUAACGGACGACAGGGUCGUUGAAGAGCUGUUGAAGUAA